AUGACCAGGAAGCGAGUCUGCUGUGCCCAAGUUCCUGUGAUUGCUUUCAGCGAUCAGGGCCGGUGGAUGGGUCCGGUGCAGAUGUCCCUGCCCGUGUCACACGGGCGGGCCGGGCUGACGGUUCCCGCCCCGGCGGGAGGCAUCGCAGUGCCAGGCCGGGCCCGCAGGGGGCGCGCUCCGCGCUCUGGGCGUCCGGCGGUGCGCUCGCGCUUCCGGUCGGUGUCGGUGCGGGACCUCCGGGGACCCGCUGCCGCGGGGAGCAGCCCGGGGAGCCUGGGCCCGGCUGCUUCGGAGAGCGAGGGGAAGCGGAGGCUGGGUCGGAGGGGGAUCCGACGGCGGCGGGCACUGCCGUCCGCUCCCCUCGGGGUCCUCCCGGGGCUGCCCGGCCCCGCCAUCCCGUGCGUUUCUCGGGUCGCGCUGCUGGUGGGGAGCAGCAGCAGAGCCGUGUCAUUGUCCCGGCAGGUGCAGGGUACCGGCGGCAGCAGCGCCGUCAGCAAGUGCUCGGCGGCAGCGCGGGGCUACAUCCAGGACCGGUUCCUGCGGCUUCUGGCGGGGCGGCGGCGGCGGCGGGCGCCCCUGAUCCACCGGGGUUAUUACAUCCGUGUCCGUGCUGUGGAUCACUGUGUUCAGGACUUCCUGCUGAAGACACAAAGCCUGCCCAGGACACAGAUCCUGUCUUUAGGUGCUGGAUUUGAUUCCUUAUACUUCCGUUUGAAGGAUAUGGGUCUUCUGCAUCACACUGUGGUAUAUGAGGUGGAUUUCCCAGAUGUGGCAUGCCAAAAAGCUACUCUGAUCAAAGGAGUGAAGGAGUUGUCAGCACUGGUGGGAGACACCGGAGGGGAAGGAUUAGGAGCCAUUACCUUUUCUGGAGAUGAUUAUAAAUUACUGGGAGUGGAUUUAUCAGAGCUGUCUGAGCUGGAGAGAACCCUGGAGGAAGUAGGACUGAACAAUGAAAUCCCCACCCUCUUCAUCGCAGAGGUGGUGCUCACCUACAUGGAGACCACCAGGUCAGAUGCCCUGAUUCAGUGGGCAGCAGAGCAUUUCCCUCGGGCGUGUUUCCUGCUGUACGAGCAGGUGCAGCCAGAGGACCCCUUUGGAUGUGUCAUGCAGCAGCACUUCAGGCAGCUGAGCACGGCACUGCGCUCGCUGGCGCUGUACCCCGACUGCCAGGCUCAGCGCAGGCGCUUCCUGGGCAAGGGCUGGACUGAGUGCAGUGUCAUGGAUAUGAAUGAGUUUUUCACCUGUUGUGUUCCAGAAGAUGAGCAGCAAAGAGUGCAGACUCUGGAGCCUUUUGAUGAGUAUGAGGAAUGGCAUCUGAAGUGUUCUCAUUACUUUGUGUUGGCUGCAUCGAAGGGGAUGGAACCUUCCUGGACUCCGUUGUCACCCAGUGGGACAGUUCCCUGUCACACUGGUCCUGUCGGGGUGGCCGGCAGUGUCCCUGCAGCAGUGUGUGCAGGGCUCUCAGCAAUUCCUGGCCUGAGGCGUUACGGUCACCGCUCUGUUCUUGUAAAGCCCAAUGUGAUUGUGACCACGGGAGGCUUUGGGGAGGAGGAUGGACAGCACUGCCGUGUGAGGAAUGUCCACCUGCUGAGCAGGCAUGCAGGCCACUGGGGAGCUGUCUGUGUGACACCGAAUGUUCCUGAUCAAAGAUGGGGUGAGAGGUUGUACCAUACUGUGUCUCGUGUCUCGGACACUCUGGCUCUGGUGGUAGGAGGACGAACAUCCCCGUCGAGCACAGGCUUGGGAAUGUUGUGGCUGAAGUUCCCUGAAACCUGGGGUGCCUCAGGCCCAGGUGAUGUUGCGGUGGAGCUUGUAAAUCUGCAGCCUGCUGCUGAAGCAGCAGCUUUGCGUUGGAGACACAGCACAACUGAAAUUACAUUCAAAGGUGAGCAGUACCUGUUUGUGUAUGGUGGCCGCUCUGCUCUGCAGCCUGUGCUCGGGGAUUGGCAUUUCCUGCACGCUCCAGAACUCUCCUGCACUGUGAUUGCUGUUGAGGGUCCAGUCCCAGAAGGCCGCCACUCUCACAGUGCCUGCAGCUGGGAAGGAGGUGUGCUGAUUGCAGGAGGUCUGGGAGCAGCUGAGCAGCCCUUGGGUUCCGUUUUCCUUCUGAAGGAGCUUGAACAUGGCUUUCAGUGGCAGACAAUAGAGACACACCCUCCUCUAGUCCCACGGUAUUCACAUACUGCACAUGUGCAUGAAGGAAAGCUUCUGCUCGUUGGUGGAGUGUGGUUGCAUGCAUCCUCUGUGCCCGGUGUCACUGUCAUCGACUUAAUGACUGGUCUCUGCUUGAACUAUGUGAUUAAUGUGGAGCACCUGGAGUGGCCGUUAAUGCUACAUAAUCAUAGCAGUGUCUUUCUGCCAGAUGAGAAGGAGCUGUUGGUUAUUGGUGGAGGUGGAAACUGCUUCUCCUUUGGGACACACCUGAACCCAGAGCCUGUCUUGCUGAACCUCAGCAGCAUCCUGACCAGCCACUGAGUGGGACCAAGCAGGGCUGAACCCUGCUACUGCACUGUGGGGAGACAUCUGUUCACUCUAGGUCCAAAAACAGCACAAUAUUUCCACAAAGGCUUUGUAUCCAGAAUGCGUUUGUGAAGGUGGGAUCAGGAGGGACAGUUACAGCGGAUUCACACCUCACUGGCUGUUGAGUUUUUACAGCUCUUUGUGUUGCUGUAAAUAAAGUACCUCAAAAGCAGCUGGCAGCAGUAGUCCUUAGAGGUGAAGAGCAGUGUGGUUUGGGUUGAAAGGUGCUGUAAAGACCAUCCUCUUCUACCUCCCUGCCAUGGGUAGGGAAACCCAUGAGGAUUCUUCAUUUCUGCCCUGCUCUGGUAAGAUCUCACCUGCAGUGCUGCCUGCAGCUCAGGGGUCUCAGCACAGGAAAGACGUGGAGCUGCUGGAGAGAGUCCAGAGGAGACCCCAAGAUGAUCAGAAGGAUGGAGCACGUCUAUGCUAUGAGGAAAGGCUGAGAGAAUUGGCAUUGUUCAGCCUGGGGAAGAGAAGCUUUGAAGUGACCCAAUUGUGGCCUCGCAGUACUUGAAGGGGGCCAAGAAGAAGGAUGGAGAGAGACUUAUUUACAGGGGCCUGGAGAGACUGGACAAGGGAGAACGGCUUCUAACUGAGACAGAGUAGGUUUAGAUCGGAUAUUGGGAAGAAAUUCUUCCCUGUGAGGCUGGUGAGGCCCAGGCACACAUUGCCCCAAGGAGCUGUUGUUGCCCCAUCCAUGAAAGUGUCCAAGGCCAGGUUGGAUGGGGCUUGGAACAACCUGGUCCAGUGGAAGGUGUCCCUGCCCAUAGCAAGAUGGUGGUACUUGAUCUUUAAGGUCCCUUCCAACCCAAACCAAUCUGUGAUUCCAUCAUAAGUGACUGACUGACUGCACAUCACUUGUUGGGUGCAGAGAAAUUGUUAAUAUUAACUUUAUUUGUUUUUCUUCUCUCUUUCUUUUCUCUCAUCCAAUAUUUUUGGAAUUUGUUUCUAUUUAUUGAAUUAUCUCACUUUA